CGGUGAUGCCAGACGUAAAGUGGCGUCAGUGGCAGCAAGGGGAGCGUGAGCAAAGCCGAGGAUUGCACAGGGAAGGAGGUGAAAGGCCGCGACUGAAACAAAAUGAGCAAAGCGCACCCGCCCGAACUAAAAAAAUUUAUGGACAAGAAGCUAUCAUUGAAAUUAAAUGGUGGGAGGCACGUCCAAGGAAUAUUGCGGGGGUUUGAUCCAUUUAUGAAUCUUGUGAUUGAUGAAUGUGUAGAGAUGGCACCAGGUGGGCAACAGAACAAUAUUGGAAUGGUGGUAAUCCGAGGAAACAGUAUCAUUAUGUUAGAAGCCUUGGAACGAGUAUAAAGAAUGAAGCAUGGAUGAUGCCCUGGAUCUCCGCUUAUCCUUUUCAUUCCCAAGAGCCUCUUUUUUUUUUCUUUUGAUACAUAAAAUUAGUCAUUGUAUAUUCUUUGUUUAACUUUUUGAAAAUAAACUUUUUGUAAGAUGUUUA